AUGUCCAAGGUUGUAAGAAAAGCUGCUGGAUUUGUAGUUUAUAGAAAAAACUGUGAUGAAAUAAUUGAGUACUUACUUAUGCAAGCUUCUUAUGCAAACCAUCAUUGGACACCACCAAAAGGUCACUUAGAGGAAAAUGAAUCCAACAUGGAUGCAGCUAUUCGAGAAACUGAUGAAGAAGCCGGUAUUAAGCUGAAAGACCUUAGUGUUGAUCAUAAUUUUGAAAAAGUGUUAAAGUAUGAUCCAAAAGAUAAACCAUUUUCCAAACAAGUCACUUAUUGGUUAGCUCGUUUAAUUAAUCCCGAUACACCAGUAGUGUUGUCUAAUGAACAUCAGGAUUACAAAUGGUUGCCUCUUACAGAAGCUAAAAAAGUGGCUGCAUAUCCUGAAAUGCAAGAAUUAUUUGAUGACUGUGAAAAUUAUUUAAAUAAAACUAAUGUCAAGUAG